AAUUUCUUCUGUAUUUGACUUUUAUUUUUGGAGCAGGAUGGACUGAAAGAACAUUGACUCUGGGUGAGGGAGCUUCCAACUUCCACAAAGGAUCUGAAUUAUGCAAAGAUGGUAGGAUUCAAGCUAAUGAGUUGUGGAGUAUAUCCAUAUAACCUGUUUCUGUAGCCCUGACAGGAGAAUUAAACAUUUGCUAGUUCUUCAGCUCCCAUAGUUCACUGCUGGCAUUCUAGCUUACCUUGUAAAAGGGCAUUUGUUUUCUACAGAUACAAGAGACCAUGAGCUCUUUCGUCUGAAGCACAAGCAGACAGAGGACACAAAGUCAGAUGGGAGUGAGACAAACACUUGGCAGUAACCUAGUAGCUGUAAUAUGUAAAUAUACUGGAAUCCAAGCUUUGGUAUUUAUUUAUCCUUAUCCUUGUAAUUUAUUUGUUUUCAUGAUUAAACUUGAAAACUUUGAGAACAAGAGAUCUGAAAGUGGUAUAAAGUAACUUUUAAGUUGUUUUAAACUCUUUAGCAGUUAUUAGAAUGAGACAGAUGUCUUUAGUUUCUUAUCUAAAAACUGUCAGUUCUGUUGUGUAUAACAAAGUGCAAACAAUACAGUUGCUUGUCAAAUAUUAUGAGGCAUUUGAGUGCUUGCAAUAGGGAUUUGAAAUCCUUGAAAUUAAGUUUGAGGUGGGGAAGGGCUUUUCCUCAUGACCUUCUGAAUGCCAAGGGAGUUACAGUGAUUUUUCCUUAGCUCUGCUUUUAGUUACUGCAGCAGAAACUGCACUAAAAUAUUUCUAUUCUCUUGCCUUUAUUUUAUGUCAUUUUUACAACUCACUUUUUAUGAACAGGAAAAUACCUUUUUUUUUAAAAAAAAAAACAACUAAAAAGUGAUGAAGCACAAAUAUCUGUCUGAUAUGCUUUGUGGUCUGUUUCCUGCUGCUUUGACCCAUGAUAAAUUAGUUCUGGUGUCUUACUCUGUUGGCUGAAAGUAACUCAUGGUGUGACAGUGAUGAUAAAACUUCCAAAUGUUUGGUGUAUGUUUAGGCCAGUAAUACCUUAUUUUGCUCAAGCUUUAUUCCUUAUCUUGCUUAAGCAUUGCAAGUGUAAAAUCUUUCAUGGCUCAAAGAAUGUAUGGUUUAUCUUUCAUGCAUCCUCACUGCAUAUCAUGUGCUGACAAAAUGAAGUGCUAAAGGUGCAUCCUGACUGUGCAAAUCCAAAGAAAACCUGUUGUACAAAUCAGCCUUUUUUACUAGGACACAUUUAUAAUCAUCCAGAUGUAGCUGCAGAGAUUGUUUUGGCACUUUUAUCUUUUUUUUCUUUGAUAUGGUCUUACAAGCUCUGGCAUGAAGAUAGCUAUAAAGCAGCUGGAGAAUGGCAAAUAUCUGUUAAAAAUCAAAUAUGACAUGUUCAUCCUGAAUAGGAAUGUGCUUCUCAGUUAUACAACUAUCGUUCUGUAUUUAACUGCAUUUACAAGACAUGUCUUGUUACCUUCUUGGGAGUUCACACUCCCAAGGUUAUUUGACACUCCCUCAGGCUAUAAAUUAUGGGCAUGUGCCUACUGAAGUGUGAUUUAUUAUUUUUAUAAAAAAGCCCAACCCUUACAUCCAAUGUUUUGCUGGAAAGAGGCUUCUUUGUGCACCAAGCCUUUAAAUUGUGAGCAAGCAUUUACUUACUGAUUUCACUUUUUUGGAUCGUGUUGCUCAGGGAUCUCGGUCAACUCCUCACACCAUGAAGGGUUUUACUCUUCUUUUCCUAGUUGUUAUCUGUGGCAUGGGAGGACUGGGACAGAAGCUGAAGCCAAAGAAAAGAAGCAAUGGUGAAGAAAUCAAAUUUCGAACUAAAACCAAAGACAUUUGCACAAUGAGCAUUAGUGGGGAUGAUGAGGAGAUGAAACUUAGAAUUGAAUGCAAAAGCCAAGACAUGUCCUACUGGUGUGAAUUCACUGGCAAGCCAUCAGUCUGUCGUGCUUUCAGAAAUAAUCCAAAGAUUUACUGGAAUCAGAUCGCCGCGGAACUUAGAAAGAUCCCUCAUGCUUGUGAAUCCACGGAAGUGUUGAAGACCUCCAUGUGCCAAAAGGCUCCUCCAGAGGCUCUCAUGAAGCAAAUAGCUACUGGUGUGGAGCCAGAAGAGCUAGCAAACCAGGAAGAAUCAGUGCAGAAAAUGUCCACUUCUAUGAGAGGAGCAGGGCAAGGGUCUGAAAAUGAAACAGAAGCAAUGAAACUGGCACGGGAACAUUGCUGGGAAUCCCUGCAUGGUUUCUGCUCCUACAUUAUUGGCAUCUUUAGGGGUUAAGGACUCACUUCAGGUAAAAUUAGCAUCUGGAAGCACAGUAGAAUAUACCCGACAGUAAUUCUAUUGUACUUCUGUUUUAAAUUUACUUUGGGGAUCUCUCAGGGAUGUGGACAGGGAGGUUCUAGUCUCACUUGCUAAAAACUGACAUUGCAAAUCCUGUUUUGUGGCUUCUGAGAGGCUGGGCUAAACUUCCAGUGAUGCCUAUUAGUUCAGGAUUCCCUUACAGCCUCACAUGAGGUCUUUAGUACGUACUCAGAUGUUUACCCUAUCUAUUGUUGUUAAUCUUACAGUAUUUCCAUUCUAACUGUUUGAAUUGGGCUAAUUUUUCUCCUUCUGUCACUCAUUCCCUCUUGUGCUGCCUUCUGGAUUUAUGCCAGAGAAGUAAGAUAAAUAACAAAUGCAUCAGAUCCAAAAACAAAUGCACCAGCUAGAACAAAUUAAAACUACAUUCAGAAACUGAGAGGAUAAAGUUUAUUCAUCAAAACUGCUAGUUAAUAAUGAACUAUUUUAAUUUCAACAAUUAGUUCAGAAACAACUUGCAGAAAUGAGUUAAAACCAAAUGGACUGUCUUGGUUUGUGGGUCUGUUACUGUAGGGUUGACAAGAGAUCACAUGCAGGUGCUUGCCUGGUAAGUCUCAGAUUUUCAGCCAGGAUUUUAAAAGGCAAAGCCCUUCAUUGCAGAACUGAUUAGUUUUAUACGAACUUCCAUUUCGGCUCAGAAGGAAAGCCAGGAGCUGGUGAAUGAAACUGGCAAACACUUGACAGAAAUGGGAGUAUAUGCAGCAUGAGCUGGCAAGUGUUUAGGUUGCUAAUGAUAAUUUAUACCUAAAACAGCAAAGUGACUAAUUUUUUUUCUUUUUUGUUUUGCAGGGCAAAAUUAUUACAGCUGAAGAAAAGUGCUUGCUGUAGUUUAAUAAUUUAGACCAUAAGAAUUUUGGUUUAAAAACGAGUUAUCUCCAUAAAUCUUGUAGCUGUUUUUUUUUUUUUUUCCCCUAAAAUGAAACUUUUUAACAGCCCUGAAAAGUGCAUGAAACUGGAAUGAUUGUGUUUAAAGUGUUAGGAUGAACUGUCACUAGACUUGUUACACACCCAGGUGUGCAUUUAAAUAACAGAGGUUCUGCUUUAGGAAUGCUGACCUUGCAUAGGUUUUUGUGUGUGCUGAUUUGCUUUAGUUUGUUAGAGAUGAAAGCUGUUAAUGAUGAUGCAG